AUGAGACGAUCUCAUCACGGUGUAACACAGUCGUUAAAACGCGAGAUCGAGAAGACACUCAUCUUAAGGGAAACCUCCUCUGCGUCGUCAUCAUCUGCUCGUACGACUUCUUCUCUUUCCUCCAAAUCAUUUUUAUCGUCGUCGUGUUCCCCGUCAUUUUUCAAUAGGAAUACUCCCAUCACGAAUGGUGUUCGGGGAAAAAGUGUCGUCGUCGAUGACGUGAUCAAAACGCUUCAUCGUCAUCGUCGUCGACACCUCUUAGCAUCAUCGGCACACAAACACGAAGAACAAAAACGCGGCGCAGCGACUUCUGCCAAAUCUGCUCAAUUCUCAAAUACUUUUGGAAGAAGAAGAAGAGGCAUCGCGACAUCGACGACGACGACAUCAUUUCUUGUUGGGCGGCGAAAUUCGUUACAAAACGAAUUCGUUUCAACGACCUCUUCGAGAGGUGGAAGUAAAAGAGCGUUUUCGUCGUCCAAUGCUAAAAAUAACGGAGUGAAUCAACCGUUUGGCAAAGAGUACGAAAUCAUCGACCACGAGUACGACGCCGUGGUCGUCGGCGCUGGCGGUGCGGGUUUACGCGCGGCCAUCGGCUUAUCCGAACACGGGUACAAAACCGCGUGCGUUACGAAACUCUUCCCGACGCGAUCGCACACGGUGGCGGCGCAAGGCGGGAUCAACGCGGCGCUCGGGAACAUGUCCGAAGACGAUUGGAGAUGGCACGCGUACGAUACCGUGAAAGGUGCGGAUUGGUUAGGGGACCAAGAUGCUAUUCAGUACAUGUGCAGAGAAGCGCCGGAAGCGGUGAGAGAGUUGGAACGAUACGGAUUGCCGUUUUCGAGAACGGAGGAAGGGAAGAUUUACCAAAGAGCGUUUGGAGGACAAAGUUUGGAGUACGGGAAAGGCGGUCAGGCGUACAGGUGCGCGUGCGCGGCAGAUAGAACUGGGCACGCGAUGUUGCACACGCUAUACGGGCAAGCGUUGCGACACGAGACGCAGUUUUUCGUGGAGUAUUUCGCGCUCGAUUUAAUCAUGGACGAACAAGGCGCGUGCGUCGGCGUUUUGGCGAUGUGUUUGGAAGAUGGUACUUUGCACAGGUUUAGGUCGCACAAGACGAUUUUAGCGACCGGUGGGUAUGGACGAGCCUACUUCUCGGCGACGAGCGCGCACACGUGCACGGGAGACGGGAACGCCAUGGCUGCCAGGGCUGGGUUGCCGUUGCAAGAUUUGGAGUUUGUGCAGUUUCACCCGACGGGUAUCUACGGCGCCGGGUGUUUAAUUACCGAAGGUUCCAGAGGUGAAGGCGGUAUUUUAAGAAACAGCGAAGGUGAAAGAUUCAUGGAACGAUACGCGCCGUCGGCGAAGGAUUUAGCGUCCAGAGACGUCGUCUCGAGAUCGAUGACGAUGGAAAUUAGAGAAGGACGAGGCGUCGGGAAAGAGAAGGAUCACAUUUACUUGCACUUGAACCAUUUACCGCCGGAAUUGUUAGCGGAACGAUUGCCGGGUAUUUCCGAAACCGCGGCUAUUUUUGCCGGCGUAGACGUGACCAAAGAGCCAAUUCCCGUCAUUCCAACUGUACAUUAUAACAUGGGAGGUAUCCCGACGAAUUAUAAAGGCGAAGUCGUCGCGCCGGCCAAGGACGGAAGCGAUCCGGAUCGAGUCGUCCCAGGUUUAUUGGCCGCCGGCGAAGCCGCGUGCGCUUCUGUCCACGGCGCCAACCGAUUAGGCGCGAACUCGUUGUUGGAUAUCGUCGUCUUUGGCCGCGCGUGCGCGAACACGGUGAAAGAAUCCGGUUUGAAACCCGGUCAAAAACAUAAACCUUUGAAGAACGAACUGAACGGCGAGCAAAGCGUGAAACGAUUAAACGAUAUUCGAUACAACGAUAAAGGCGCUCAAAACAAUAAAUCGACGAGUGAGUUAAGAAAACGCAUGCAGCGAGUCAUGCAAGACGACGCGGCGGUGUUUAGAACGCAAGAAACGUUAGCCGAAGGGUGCAUGAAAAUCGACCAAGUCGCGAAAGAGAUGGAAAGUUUACAUGUCACCGAUAAGAGUUUAGUUUGGAACACGGAUUUAGUCGAAGCGUUGGAGUUGCACAACUUGAUGCCGAACGCGAGAAUUACCAUGCACGGCGCCGAACAAAGGAAAGAAUCGAGAGGCGCGCACGCCAGAGAGGAUUUCCCGGAUAGAUUGGACGAUACGUGGAUGAAACACACGCUCGGGUACAUCGAGGAAAAAGACGACAGCGUGAAAAUCGAUUACCGACCCGUGCAUCACUACACCUUAGAUAAAGAAAUGGACGUCAUUCCUCCGAUGAAACGCGUUUAUUAA